CCUUAGUUGAACUUGUGCUGUCCUGCGAACUGGAUCGAUUUCAUUCAAUCGCGUUUCUGAGCAGUAAUUGAUUAUAUUAAUGAAGUCAUAAUGGCGAGUGUUGAUAAAUUGAUUUUGUUUUUGCAACUAACAAUAUCGGUUGUCGUCACGAAUGUGGUGCUCUGUCAGGAAGUCUGCCGCACGCCAAACGCCCGUUCCGGCCACUGUGUCCCACGAGUUCAAUGUCCCAGCUUUGAACGGUACUUCGACCCGGACCGCAUUCUGGACCGCGAGGAACUCCGCUUCAUCCAGCUGUCCCAGUGUGGUGCAAACCCUCCGAAAAUCUGCUGUCCCGACCGGAUUCCAACCUCAACCGUUGCUUCCCCGUACGAACAAGUUUUGCUCACGUCAACUCCGAAACCAAUCAGGUUGGUUCAGCAGCCACCGUUGCCGGAUCCGACCAACUACGAAUGCGGCGUGGAUAUUCUGGCCGACCGGAUCUACGGUGGCGUAGACACCGAGCUGGACGAGUUCCCGUGGUUCGCUCUGCUGCAGUACGAGUCCCGUCGGGGAGUGGCCGAGUUCCACUGCGGAGGUUCAUUGAUCAGCUUGCGGUAUGUCCUAACGGCGGCACACUGUCUGGACAAUGACAAACUGGAUGACGGAAUGCGAUUCGUUAGCGUACGCCUUGGCGAACACAACACUGCGACUGACGUCGACUGCACCGACGAAGAGGAUGCCAAGAAUCGGUGGUGCGCCGAUCCUCCGCAGAACAUUGCCGCCGAAGAGAUCAUCCUGCAUCCGGAGUACCGGCGAGAGGAUCGCUCUCAGCACCACGAUAUCGCGCUCAUCAGGUUGGAAAGACCUGCUCGGGAGACCAACUUCGUGACACCGGUUUGCCUUCCGAGGACCGGAUUUCUGCCCUCGGAACCCGGGCGAAACAUGACCAUUGUUGGGUUUGGUCACACCGGUCGCCGGUCGCACAGUGGAGUCAAACAGAAGGCCCGCGUUCCCGUGUGGGACGGGCGCCGGUGCCAGGACAAGUGGACUUCGAUCACGUUGCACGAGGGACAGCUGUGUGCCGGAGGGGACUACAACAUCGAUUCCUGUACCGGCGACUCCGGUGGCCCUAUGAUGGUGCAGCGACUCUACUGGACGCUCGAAGGGGUCGUUUCGUUCGGAAAUCGCUGCGGACUGGAGGACUGGCCAGGGGUGUACACGAGGGUCAGCAGCUACAUGGACUGGAUCAGGGCAACGAUCAGGAGUUAUCAACCGCCCGUUUGGGACGUGACCACGCUGUGUAACAUUCCAAACGAGCCCGGCCAGCAGGGGACCUGUUCCGAUCCGGAUGACUGCCCGGCGUACGCCGCGAUCAACGAUCCGGCCAGCCUGAGCUCGGUAGGCCGUUUAAGCUUCCUGAAGGCGAUCCAGUGCAAUGUUUCUGCGCCGACGUCCGCUCCCGGUAGCGUAGUAGGCGGUGGCGGCGGCGGCAUUUGCUGUCCACGUUCGGGACGCUACAAGUCACCAGCGCUGAACGAGAAUCUUCCACGGCGGACGCGCACCAAGUCGACGAUGGUCCACUCGAGGUUCGGCGAUGACGAGAUGUGCGGCUUCCAGUCGUACGUGGCCAAGAUCCGGGGCGGAGACAUUGCCAACAUCGACGAGUUUCCGUGGAUGGCGAUGCUACUGUACGAGAUGAAGGGCUCCAACUCGGUGGUGCACGGCUGCGGCGGGGUGCUGAUCAGCAGGGACUUUGUGAUAACGGCGGCGCACUGCGUCACGGGACGCGAGUACGACAGUAAGGGACCACUCAAGUACGUCCGCCUGCGGGAGUACAACGUGUACGACGAUCCAGACUGCGUCAUCGAGCAGGACCUGCGCGACUGUUCGGAGGAGAAGGUGGACGCCGCACCGCUGCGCAUCCAGGUCCACCCCGACUACGACUCCAACAGCCGCAACAAGUACCACGACAUCGCACUCAUCCAGAUCGAGCGCAGUCCGGAGUUUUCGGACUUCCUGCGGCCGAUCUGCCUGCCCGAGCCGGAGCUGGAAAACGGGGCCUCCGAGGGGAACAAGCUCAGCGUCAGCGGCUGGGGCCGGACGGACAUUUUUCGCAAACAGCUGGGCAACAACGCGUUGAGUCCGAUCAAGCUGAAGCUGGUCCUCCCGUACGUGGACUCCACAACCUGCAAGAAGAUCUUCCGACCGCAGCAGCUGGACAUCGGACCCGGUCAGCUGUGUGCUGGCGGAGUUCGCGCCAAGGACACCUGCGGUGGCGAUAGCGGCUCUCCGCUGAUGUUUUAUGAUCUGAAGCAGGGCGUUUGGGUGCUGACCGGAAUCGUGUCGCUCGGCGUGAGGGACUGUGGAACCGAGGGGAUUCCCGGGGUGUACACCAACGUGCGUGAAUAUCUGCCCUGGAUUAAACAGAAUGCGCACGUUUGAAGGGUCUGCAUGAUGAUAUGACAAGUUUCUAAGCGAAUAGAUUAAAUAAAUUCAAUAUCGACAAAACCAAAA